UCGGAAAUGGAGCUUAUGUCUUGUUUGCCGGGAAAAUUGCAAAGUAAUGCAUCGUUUACAUUAGAUUGAGAGCGUUCUCCAAAUAUCCCGAAUGUAUCUUCUCUCUGCCAUUGUCAAUAUUUUUCUUUGGCCCUUAUUUUUUGGUCCUAGCAUCUUUACACCGAUUGAGGGUCGUCCACGAGUGCACAUCACACAGCUCAGUUUUGAUUUCGAUAAAAAAUUAGCAAACGGAACUACAUGGCUCACCGAUGAUAGAACUAUCAAUGUCGUAUUCGAUUUAAAGAAGGAGCUGAAAACAAUGAAGUCAAGAGUUAAAAUGGACCUGAUUCACAGGCAACGCACUUUCUAUGCGCUUUAUUCAACCCGAGAUUAUUGCGACCAGAUAUCAAUCACGAAUAAGAUUUGGGCCGUCUUCCGGGAGUCGUUCCUUCAAACUACAAACUUUCCCUCUUCAUGCCCUAUUCCCAAAAGCACAUACUAUGUUCGUAAUUUGUCCUUCCCGGAGCAGUAUUUGCCUAGCUAUAUUCCAGCUUUAAACUUUGUUGUGGAAACAACAUUCCUACAUGGAAUGUACUUCAAUCAAGAAGAAGUGUUGUUGAAACACGUUACUCGGGGAAAGUUGAUUCCGUAAAAAUGUUAUGGGAAACUUAAAUUAAAUAUCUUUUCCUGAAAAUAAUGCACUUCUCUCUUCUGCCUACAAAUGACAUAAGUGAUCGAAUCUUAAAUUUUUUGGUGAUAUGUUGGAAUAUACCUUGGUGUAUAUAUUGUUAAUUGUUGCAUUAUGGUUUCAACCACCACCAUUUCAAUCAGAUUUUUAAAGCCAUGAACAAUAUUAACUUUCAUCUAAGCUUGGAUACCAAAAUGUUAUUAUUAUAUAUCUAUGUAUGCCUGUGCACUCCCGAAUGUAUUUGAGCCAGUUUGUAAAGCAAAUAGGGUGUAGUGCCUAUUUGUUUUUCUGGUAGUUGUUGUUCGCACAUCCCUUGUGAUGUAGAAACUACGAGUACCUACGAUAGUAAAUUUUACUUCAUAAUUGUCGGGAACUUUUGUGUAAUUGAUAAAUUGUAGUU